CUAAGCGAACGCACCCAUUGUAACGAGGGGCAGUGCAGUGGAUCUGGAGACGCGGGGUCAUUUAAAAAUAGCCUUUUGAAAUUUCGCUGUAGCACCAGGCCUACAUAAACAGGCAUAACAAAAGAUGGAGAAGAAUUUCCAUUCAUAAUUGUUCGUGUGCUAUUGAGUUGGUGCAUGGAACAAGGUCAGUUGCUGCUUGCUUAAACUAUGUGCAUGUCAGGUUCACGCGUUACAAAACCCAGCUAAGUUCUCUUAACUCUCCACGGAGGCCUAGAAACUUAAUCGGAACCGACCUGAGCAUGCCUUCGUACAAGCUUCUGUACUUUGAUACCCGUGGUCGGGCUGAGGCCACACGGAUGCUGUUUGCUUUGGCAAAACAGGAAUUUGAAGACGUAAGAAUUACGAAGGAGGAAUGGCCUAAAAUUAAACCGACCACUCCUCAGGGCCACAUUCCGGUGUUGGUGGUUGAUGGUAAAGAACUUCCUCAGAGCGCUGCUAUCGAAUCAUUUGUCGCCAGGGAGUUUGGGUUGUAUGGCUCCAACAACUGGGAGGCAGCCCAAAUUGACGUUGUUCUGGAAACACUCAAAGACGUGAUUGAUCCUAUGAUCAUGCCAGUUAUGUUCGAGCGAGACCAGGCCAAGCAGGCUGAAAACGCCAAGAAUUACUAUGAGAAUGUCGCGCCCCAUCAUUUAACGAACCUUGAGAACCUCCUUAAAAAGAACAAGGAUGGGAAUGGAUACUUCAUGGGUGAUAAGGCGUCUCUGGCUGAUAUCAUCUUCUUCGUCACCAUGGGGUGGUUCGAGACGCCACCCUUCGCCAACAAAGGCCUGGAACACUACCCUAAGCUAGUCGCGCUGAGAGAUCGCCUGGCGACCAAUGACCUCGCGAAGUAUCUCGCAGAGCGCCCUCAAGUCUACUGGAUCUACGAUUGAACGAUCAGAAGAGAGGCACAGGAAGAUUUCCUCAGUUCUCCAAGAAGAUCUCAUCAUGAUAAUCCUACCUUAGCCUAAAUAUAUAUACAUGUAUCUAUUGUCUGUUAUCAUCGCCACUUCUCAAAUUCAAUGCUGCGUGCCACAUAAUCUUACGUGUUACAGUUGAACCUCGUUAAUGAGAGCACUGUUUAUACAAGAUUCUGUUUAUAGCAAGGAAGAUGUUAGAUCCCAAUCCUUUGUUUUUCAUUGUCUUAAUUCCUGAUAAUACAAGGUUUCUGUUAUAACAAGGUAAUUUGCCAAGUUCGUAGGACCUCUUAUUAACAAGGUUCGACUGUAUAUUGCACAUUGGAGAAAAGUGCCUUUUCAAGGACAGCUUGACCUCAAAUAGUUAGUAUUUGUACAACGCAGGAAUAUGCAUUUGAAACUGCAGUUGUAAGGAUAAGAUGUGGUGGAGCAAAAUCCGCCUGUAAGGUUUGAGACCAUUAAACUGGCUUCCACGGUUCAAUUUAUUUUGAUGCAAACCAUCAAAAUGCACCUUGGUGCCUCGGUUAACCUUAUUUUCAACUUUUAUUUCACUGUUUCAAAGGGUAUGUUGCUGCUUUUUUACUUUCUAUGCGAAUGAGUAUUUUCAAAUUCAUGAGCAAAACUGUGAUGUCAUCCCAGGAAGAAAGCCUAAAUGUUGUAAUGGUUUGUACGCAAAAAGUCCUGAUGCGCAUUUGUAGAUUUUGCUGGACUAACUUUUCUCUUCGUUGCUGAUUUAUUGUUUUUAUGUGCAUAGCAAUAAGUGAGCACCAGUGUUUCUUCAAGGAAAUGUUUUCAGAAAGUAAAAUCCGGGUUCACAAUUUUAAUAGAAAAACCCAUGCAAUGAACUUUGUUUUCCCUGGAUGACAUCACAGCAACAGCGCCCUCCGUCGUCCAGGAAAGCACGAAUAAUUUUAAGUGUUUCAAAAAGUGCACUUUUCAGUGCAUUUAACCAAAUGUGAGUGUAAACGAGUGUUCAUACAUUGGAGAAGAGUACAAAGUUGCAGAAAUUCACUGCGGCUGCCCUUUAAUGCAAAAAACAUUCUGCAAGUUAACAUAGCAGUUGUACUGAAAUAAUUCCCCGAAACGGUCUGCAUUGUAAAUGCAUGUAUUUUAUGUGCAGAUAUCAUUAUUCUUUUUGAGGGGAAACAGGCGAAUUUUUGUUAUUCCAUGAGAAAUUUAUUUGUAAUUUACUAAUUUUAAUUUUCAAUUGAAGCGGGCAUGAUUUCCAGCAUAGAAUGUCACCGUAAUGAAACUACACGUUUCGAGUUCGACGUUGUUUGACUCGUCCUUUUGGUUAAGUUGCUUUUCAGGAGAUGAGGAUACAAACGAAAUUUAAUUACAAUCAUGAAAAAGUGUC